AUGCAAAUGAAUCCAAAGGAAACUCUUGAAACCAGAAGAAAACCUCAGUUACCCCCACCGUUACCCCAGCCGGAUUCUCCAGCAGCACCUGGACCCGAUUCCCCAGUUGGUGGGACUGUUGCAAAUCGCGCUCCGCCCACCACGCCACCUGCCGAAGAUGUCGAGAUCUUUGACUCGACCAUCACUCUUGAGAAUCAUUGCCAACAUGGAAAAGCGUGGCCCAUGACACGCCUUCAAGGAGUCGUUGAUGCUCGAACCAAGACUGUAUCUCGUAUUCCGGUCAACAUCCUUGCUGAGGCUAGACUUGCAAAGCUCCAAUAUCAGAAGACCAAGUUGUUCCUGGCUGCGAUCGGGAAAAUCAAACAUAGUACACUCGAGGAAGAACUUGGCGAAGGCAGUCCCACACGCCCUCGCGAUAACUACCGCAGGUUUUUGGCUUAUUCUAAAGCGGUGAUCGCGCUCAAAAUGCCUAAGAAAGGAGGUGGUGGUGACACAUUGAAGAUUAGGAACAAAGAAGCUGGUAGAAUCUGGAGAACUUAUGGUCCCGAAGAACGUCGUUUUUUUAAUCGUACCCACUUCUUUGUGUUGGCUGGUAUUCCCGAUCUUGACAACCCGGCCAACGACGAAUCAACCACCCCUACUAUUCCUUUACUUAGUCCGGAGGACGAGGAAAAGUAUUGCCCAAUUUAUGAAGAGCUUGUCGCACACGAGAAAGUCUUGAGGAAGGAAGGAAGACUACCGGCGGACAAGGAUCUCAAUGGACGGUCUUUGCAGCGUGUUCGUCAUCUCGCAAAAAUUAUUGCCCGCGAUGGCGAGCGCUUGAAGUUCAAAUACAUUUUCCUGGAUUCAAGCGCUCACACGCCAAGCAAAAACUCUGGUCCUGGAUGGUCCAGAGAAUACUCAGCAAUACCUGCUGUCACCAAUUGGGCUGAUCGCGAAAUCGGCCUCACUCCUGUAUUUGCAACAGUGGCUCAGGGCUAG